GAGCCCGCGGGGGGUGGGGAGGGUGGCGGAGAAAUGGGGAACAAUGCGAGUGAGCAACUUCAGGAAGUCAUUGUGAAAGAAAGCUGGGAAGAGCUCGGCGGCCAAGUUAGCAGGGCAUUCUAACAAGUGCAUGCGCCGCCCGCGCCCGGGGCGGCGACUGCGGCGACAGUCCCUGGGUCCCCGCGGAGAGCCGCCGAGCCCGGGCGGGACCUUGGAGGUGGCGAGGCGGUCGGCCCCGGGCGAGCCCGGCAGGGCAGAGGGAGCCCCGGCCCCGAGGUUGCUCUUCGCGCCCGAGGAUCAGUCUUGGCCCCCAAAGUGCGACGCACAAAUCCACAUAACCUGAGGACAAUGGACGCUGAUGAGGGUCAAGACAUGUCCCGAGUUUCAGGGAAGGAAAGCCCUCCAGUGAGCGACACUCCAGAUGAUGGGGAUGAGCCCAUGCCGGUCCCCGAAGACCUUUCCACCACGUCUGGGGGACAGCAGAGCUCCAAGAGUGACAGAGGAGUGGCCAGUAAUGUUAAAGUAGAGGCUCAGAGUGAUGAAGAGAAUGCGCGUGCCUGUGAGCUGAAUGGGGAAGAAUGUGCGGAGGAUUUACGAGUGCUUGAUGCCACGGGAGAGAAAAUGAAUGGCUCCCACAGUGGCCAAGGCAACAGAGCUCUGUCGGGAACCGGAGGCAUUCGACUUCCUAACGGCAAACUAAAGUGUGAUGUCUGUGGGAUAAUUUGCAUCGGCCCCAAUGUGCUCAUGGUCCACAAGAGAAGCCACACUGGGGAGCGGCCUUUCCAGUGCAACCAGUGCGGGGCCUCCUUCACGCAGAAGGGCAACCUGCUCCGGCACAUCAAGCUGCACUCCGGGGAGAAGCCCUUCAAGUGCCACCUUUGCAACUACGCGUGCCGCCGGCGGGACGCCCUCACGGGCCACCUGAGGACGCACUCCGUUGGUAAACCUCACAAAUGUGGAUAUUGUGGCCGAAGCUAUAAACAGCGAAGCUCUUUAGAGGAACAUAAAGAGCGUUGCCACAACUACUUGCAAAGCAUGGGUCUUCCAGGCACGCUGUACCCAGUCAUUAAAGAAGAAGCUAAUCAGAGUGGGAUGGCAGAAGAUCUGUGCAAGAUAGGAUCAGAGAGAUCCCUCGUGCUGGACAGACUAGCAAGUAACGUCGCCAAACGUAAGAGCUCUAUGCCUCAGAAAUUUGUUGGGGACAAGUGCCUGUCGGACAUGCCCUAUGACAACAGCGCCAGCUACGAGAAAGAGAAUGAGAUGAUGCAGACCCACGUGAUGGACCAAGCCAUCAACAACGCCAUCAGCUACCUGGGGGCCGAGUCCCUGCGCCCGCUGGUGCAGACGCCCCCCGGCAGCUCGGAGGUAGUGCCAGUCAUCAACCCCAUGUACCAGCUCCACAAGCCCCACGCGGAGGGGCCCCCGCGGUCCAACCACUCAGCCCAGGACAGCGCCGUGGAGAACCUGCUGCUGCUUUCCAAGGCCAAGUCGGUGUCCUCCGAGCGGGAGGCGUCCCCAAGCAACAGUUGCCAAGACUCGACGGACACGGAGAGCAAUAACGAGGAGCAGCGGAGCAGUCUCAUCUACCUGACCAACCACAUCAACCCGCACGCCCGCAACGGCCUGUCCAUCAAGGAGGAGCACCCCGCCUACGACGUGCUGCGGGCGGCCUCCGAGAGCUCCCAGGACGCCUUCCGGGUGAUCGGCACGAGCGGGGAGCCCAUGAAGGUGUACAAGUGCGAACACUGCCGGGUGCUCUUCCUGGACCACGUCAUGUACACCAUCCACAUGGGCUGUCACGGCUUCCGUGAUCCUUUUGAGUGCAACAUGUGCGGCUACCACAGCCAGGACCGGUACGAGUUCUCAUCCCACAUCACGCGGGGCGAGCACCGCUUCCACAUGAGCUAAGCCGGGCCGAGCGAGGCACGCGGGCCCCCGGGCCCUCCCCUCCUGCCAGUAGCCCCGGACUGGACCAGAACGUUGUGCUUUGAUUUCUAGGUGGUUUUUCAUUUCGUUUUUUUUUUUUUUUUUUUUUAAGUCGGUCGUUUGGCUGGGGUUUGAUUUGCUUUUGAAAACAAGGAGAUUUUUAUUGUUAGAUGCAGGGUUACAUGGGGAGCCCCCCGCCCCGCGCCCCCCCCCCAAACUGCUGUGUUACUUAGUAGAUGUGCUCAGAGACUGCUCGCGGAAAUCCCCCUCCCCUGGUGCUUCCUAGAAUUCCCCUCCUCUAAAGAAGUGCUCAUUUCCAGAGAAAGUUGCAUCAAAACAGGUCAGAGCCUGGGAAGGAAUGAGCUGGUUUCUGGGCUGAGCAUCCACGGCCCCAGACCCAGUGAGCACAGCCCCCCGGGUCAGCCUGGCAGGUGCCCCCCAACACAGCAGGGCUGAGAAACCCAAACCACAGCCUCUGACCGCAUGCAUCUCGGUCUGGAAGGCUGCAGUUUCUAAAAGAUGUGAUUAUAUAUAAGUCACAGCCUGCACAAAAAGUACAUUGUUGGAGAAAUGUUGGACUCCCCGGGCAAAGGGCGUGGGGAGGGGUCAGAGGACCUGGUAGUCUCCGGCUCAGUUUCCAAACCACUGUAGAAAUGCUCAGCCUUCUCCGGCUUGCCGGCAGGUGGAAGGAACCCCCAACUCCAAACUCACAGAGGCCGAUCUGGAGACCUCUGUCCUCUGCCUUCUGGCGUCUGUGCCUCUCAAGGCCCAGAGUCUGGCACUGCAGUUUUAACAUCCAUCCUGAAAUGCCGACCUUAAUUCCUUUGAACCUCUCAAAUGGUAACAUUCCAAGACUUCAUUCCAAAUGCCACACUCCUUCCUUCCUCGGCUGGUUCCACCGACAGCCAGAAGCCUGUUUCCCCUCAGAGGCCCGACCUAGACCCCAUCUCAACGACGUCACUGUUUUGUUUGUCGGUACAUUUCGUUCCCUGCCCUCACUCUACAUUAUUCUUGUCUUAAAAUCCAUAAAGGAAGCGUGCAGAAUGAUCAGUCAUUUUUAGAGCAAGGAACUAUGGUGAGCAAAGCCCAGGACCUGUGCCUAGCACGCAGAACCUACCUGUUAGAAACUAAACUUUGCAACAGUCUGAAACUCUCCCCAGAAGGACAGAGCAGCCCCUAUGUGCCCACCCAUAUAUAGGAGCCAUCCUUUCUCACGGGGGGGGGGGGGCUUGGAACGUGCAGAGCGACCGCAUAACCUGCCAGCGAGGUCUGCCGGGAAAGAGGCAGAUGGUGCUGGAGGUAGAACCUUCCUCAGCCACGCUGCCGGGAACUCCCCUGAGAUGUUUGGUGACUCCGGGCCCCACUGGAAGGGGUAGCCCUCAAGGUUAAUUCUAUCUUUAAGUAUAAUAAUCCCAACCACCUAGGCAAGGAAGAGCGUACCAUUUCCAACGUUUACGUGUUUUUGCCAAAACUGAACCAACGUGAACAUGAAGAAAAAAAAAAAAGAAAAAUUGUCCAUAAGCACCUCUGCAUGCAGUCUAAAUCCGGGUUUCUUAGUCACGGUGCUCUUGACAUUUGGGGCUGGAUAAUUCUUUGGGGUGGGGGAUUCCCCUGCACCUUGCAGAAUAUUUAGCAUCAUCCCUGGUAGAUGCCAGUAGCACCCUCAUUUGACAACCAAAAAUCUCCCCAGAUGUUGCCAAAUGUCCCCUGGGGAGCAAGUCACCCCGAGUUGAGAACCACUGCUCAACUUCUAAACCAGUCAAAGGUCUGGGAAGCCUCCCAAAGAGCAAAGGCACUGUCCCCAUUGGGAGUCUAGCUCCUGACCCGUGUUCCUUUGUCUUCACUGUAAAUCCUAUAAGUGAAUGAGUACCUUUCAUUCUUCAGAAGCAAAUCUUCUCAUGAGUUUUGUUGAAAGGAUGGAGUCCACACAUGUCAUACCUGAGGCACGGGUUUCUUUGCUUAUGGUGUUUUGAAACUGGAAACAUAGUCGCAGUGGCUGAGACUCGGGCACACGGAUGCACUGAGUCCGGUAGAGACAGAUAGGGCGGCUGACAGCAGUAAUUCCACACACAAUCACAGAGAAAGCUACGCUUCAGCCAUAUGAACAUGCUCAAGGUGAAAGACUUCUGAGACUUCCAGUUUGCCGGCCAGGUGAACCUGCCCUAUUCUUUUCCAUCCAUCCCACACAGCCAGUUGGUUGAAAGGAGUUACUUUUCCCCACCCCCGUGGCUUCAAACAAAGCUUAACCCAGAACUGUAAAUAGUGGCCACAGAUGUUCUUUCCUAAAAUGCUCCCCAUCCCCUCCCCCCCUUCCACUGCCUUUUCCAGCCAUUGUAACCAUCUAUUUACACACCUUUUCUUGUGGUUUUAUAUUGUAACACCAUUUUUCUUUGAGAUUAUUGUGCUUAAGGUAAGGUCCCAUAGAAUGGCAACAAGUAAUUAAAUUAUGUUAGAAAGGUGGUCCUAUUCUGUACCAAAAGCUGUUAACGUUUUCUCUUCUAGCUGGUUAAAGUAGGAUUUUGCAUGACUUCACCCCCUUUUUGUUCUGUGGUCUGUUCUGUUGUUGGAUGGCGUGAGUGUGCGUCUUGGGAACGCUGUGUCCUGAAGGGUACCUAGGCUUUAUGCACUGGUCUUUAAAAUGAACACCGGAGACAGGAGGGUCGCUAGUCGUGGGUCCAUGUGUUGAUUGCAGUAAGAAAUUGCUGCCCCGCCCCUCCUGUCCUCGUCACCGAGUCACUGAGCUUCCCUCGACAGAAAACCUGGACACCUGCUCCUUACUACCCAGGUCCCUUCUGUGAUGUGGACCCGAGAGCACGGGUUGUCCUAUUGGAAGAAUCACUAAAAAGAUUUGCACUGUCAUUGCUUUGUCACCAAAGGGCGUAUCGCAGCACCAGUCACUUCAGAGACCAGCAUGUUCCAUUCCCAAUCGAGAAUCCUCCACAUAAAGAAAUCUUAGAAUCUUCAUUGAAAAAGGAAGCUACUGUUAUGGAGAUGUGAGUUUGGGGUUUUUUUUGGGGGGGGUGGGUUUCUUUCUAUUUUUGUGGGGUUUUUUUUCUUGUUUUGUUUUGAUUACCAUGUAGCUCUUACAAUGUGGUAUUCUUGCCAAAACAGAAGUGGGAGGAGAUGGACUUGCAGAGACAAAUCAUGAAGCAAAUAUAUUUCUCUUUACCUGCACUUCUUGAUUUUCAGCAAUAAGGAAGGGUCAACUCUACUUAAAAUCCAGAUAGCUUUCAUUCAGUUCAGUGUGUUGUGUUUUGUGUUUUUUUUAACUUUAAAAUGAACCACAGUCAGAUCUAUUUAAGGUGUAUAGGCAUCAGAAGAAAGAAGCACAUCCACCCGUGGGUAUGGUCUCAUUCACUGUGAACAGAUGUAACCAGGUAUUAAUAUGCAAUAUUGUCUCAAAUGCUUUCUAAUACACUUUUUUACAAUGUUGUCCGUGGGGAUCGUCAAGGUACAAUUUGCUUGUAUCCCGGUGCAGCUUUAGGUCUUUGUCUGCCAUUCUGGAAAAUACGUGUACAGGAUUGUAAAUGAGAAAAUGCCCUUGUAUUUCCCAUUGGCCUUCUCUGGUGAUGUUAAAUUAUUUCUGUUUAGCUGUGAACAAGGGGUAGUGUACCCCUGGAGGAAUAGAGGAUCCUUUUGUACACAUUUGGAAAUGCUUCUUCUGUAGUGAUAGAACAAAUAAAUGCAACAAAUACUUUG